GCUACUGAGGAAAAUAGCUUGUGGGCUGGACCCUUUGUGCCUAACUCACGACUUGAACAAGCACAAGUUUCACGCUGCAUGAAGCCACGGGCAAGUGAUGAGCACUUUGGUUAGUUGAAGAUGAUGGUGGGGGACAGGGACAAGCAUCAAGUAUUUUAGGCAGAUGGUUCAGUCGGUUGGAAGAAGGAAUCUUUUCCUUUGUGUGACCUGGGAUUCCUCUCUGUCCAUAUUUCCCACCCCUCGUUACUUUCGUUCUUUUAUUGUAAAUUCAAAUCCAAAUUCUUCACUUGUGCCAAUUCCCAUCUUUCUGUCUUACUCUUUAAUGGCCACUCUUCUCAGGCUAUUUUCACCACCUCCUGCAACCAAAACUUCUCAGAUAGCCCAUUCAUGCACCCCUGUUUUCUCUUCUCCAAGACCCGGUUUCACAUCUUCAAGAAACCCCCACUGUAGAAUCCGAAGCAGCAACCUUGAAAGUUUUCUUGAUUUGCAACCUGAGUCAAAAUCCGAGCUUUUAGAUUUUGAUCUCUCACGGUUUGAUCCUUCUAGUAAAUCCCGCUUUGAUGUGAUCAUUAUUGGUACUGGACCUGCUGGCCUGCGCCUCGCUGAGCAAGUUUCCCGCUAUGGAAUUAAGGUAUGCUGUGUUGAUCCUUCACCUCUUUCUAUGUGGCCUAAUAAUUAUGGUGUUUGGGUUGAUGAGUUUGAGGACUUGGGGUUUGUAGAUUGUUUGAACAAAACAUGGCCUAUGACUUGUGUCUUCAUUGAUGAUCAUAAGACCAAGUAUUUAGACCGUCCAUAUGGUCGUGUCUGUAGGAAGAAGUUGAAGACAAAAUUGAUGGAGAAUUGUGUCUCUAAAGGUGUUCAAUUUCAUAAAGCUAAGGUUUGGGAGGUGGGUCAUGAAGAGUUUGAGUCUUCAGUCGUUUGUGAUGAUGGAAAUGAGCUUAAAGCAAGUUUAAUAGUUGAUGCCAGUGGUUUUACUAGUACUUUCAUCGAGUAUGAUAAACCAAGAAACCAUGGCUAUCAAAUUGCUCAUGGUAUUUUAGCUGAAGUGGAUUGUCACCCUUUUGAUUUGGACAAGAUGGUUCUAAUGGAUUGGAGAGAUUCCCAUAUGGGAAAUGAGCCUUAUUUGCGAGCUAGCAAUUCAAGAUUUCCAACCUUUUUGUAUGCCAUGCCAUUCGAUUCAAAUUUGAUAUUCUUAGAAGAAACUUCACUGGUCAGUCGGCCUGUGUUACCUUAUAUGGAGGUCAAGAGAAGGAUGGUAGCAAGAUUGAGACAUUUAGGAAUAAGAGUGAGAAGAGUAAUAGAAGACGAAAAAUGUUUGAUUCCUAUGGGAGGACCUCUUCCUAGGAUCCCUCAAACUGUAAUGGCUAUUGGUGGUAAUUCAGGGGUAGUCCACCCAUCAACUGGGUACAUGGUGGCUCGAACAAUGGCCUUAGCCCCAAUUCUGGCCGAUGUUAUAGCAGAAUGCCUCGGCUCAACAAGAAUGAUAAGAGGAAGGCCGCUUUAUGAUAGAGUGUGGAAGGGGCUGUGGCCACUGGACAAGAAAUGUACAAGAGAAUAUUACUCUUUUGGAAUGGAGACACUGUUGAAACUUGAUCUGAAAGGGACUAGGAAUUUCUUUAAUGCUUUCUUUGAUUUGGAUCCUUACUAUUGGGAAGGGUUUCUUUCCUCAAGAUUGUCUUUAGGGCAACUUGCCUUGUUGAGCUUAUCUUUGUUUGGCAAUGCCUCCAAUUCAUCCAGGUUUGAUAUUGUUACAAAGUGUCCCCUGCCUUUAGUAAGGAUGAUGAAUAAUUUAGCACUUGAAACCAUCUAAUGAUGGACGAUGAUGUACUUAUUUAGGUUACAGUAUCAGUAUCAGAAUAAUUAUGAAAUUAUAGUGCAUCGAUCAUUCCAAUUUAA